UCCGUUUUGGAAUCUUGAGGACAUCAGUGUUCCAGGGCUGCCCGAUGGGGAGGUUUCCCCGUUCCGUUUUGGAAUCCUGAGGACGCCAGUGUUCCGGAGCUGCCGCGUGGGGAGGGAGUGGUUUUCAUCCACGAACUCGGCAACAUGUUGACAUUGGGCUUCCAGUUCCGUCUUCAGCCGCGGGGCCCCGAAUCUCCGGCCGCCCGAGCCGGGGCGCUCCUGAGGGAGAGGCUGGCCUCCACCAGUGUCGGCCUCCAGGCGCCGGCCCCCGGCGGCGAGCUGCCCGUCAUCCGCAUCCCACAGAAGACGCGGCUGCGGGCGGAGGAGAGGUUGAAACGGGCGGCGGGGAGCCGUGCGCCGGCCCUGAGGCUGACCAGGCCGGGCCGGUUGCUCAUUAUGGGGAAGCGACCCCAGCUGAACCAGCACGCCGGCUACACUUUCGGCAAGUUCGAGCCGGUGCCCCUGGUCUCCAAGGGCUGGAAGCACAGGAAGGCGGCCGGGGAUUAUUUUAUCAUUAACAACAUGCGGAGCAAGCCGCCUGUCUUACCAGGGGGAGAGGAGGGCGAGAAGCUCUGGGAAAAGGGGCCGAGUUUCGGCUCCUUGGGGCUGUGCAGUGAGCUGCGAGAUGCACUGGAUAACAUGGGCAUUUCCCAUCCGACCAGGGUCCAAGCACAGAGCAUCGCCGCUCUGCUCAGGGGGAGGAAUGUGUUGUGCGCGGCCGAGACCGGCAGCGGCAAGACCCUAAGCUACCUCCUGCCUUUACUGCAAGCCCAGGCUGCGGGGAGGAGAGACAGUGCCGGCGACGAUGGGCCGAGCAGCCUGGUGCUGGUCCCCUCCCGGGAACUGGCCGAACAGCUCCAGCAAGUGGCCCGGCUGCUGGCGGCCGGCCUGAAGCUCAAUGUGCAGACCGUGGGGGGCGGCCGGGGGAUGGGCAACGUGAAGCUGACCUUGUCCCGGGGACCCAUCGACCUGCUGAUCUCAACGCCCGGAGUCCUGUGGAAAGCCCUGAGAAGAGACUUCCUUUCCCUCCGCAAGCUGAGCCACCUGGUGCUGGAUGAGGCGGACACUCUGUUUGACGGAAGCUUUGUGGACUUACUGGAGGACAUUCUCCAGCACAGCCAGAUCGCUGCUCACCCCUCCGAAACCCGGGGGGUGGAGAGGAAAGCCCAGCUGGUGGUGACAGGCGCCACGUUCCCGGGGGGAGUGGGAGAACUUCUCAGUAAAGUCACUGAUUUGGGCAGCAUCACCACCAUAAAGAGCAAGGGGCUGCAUCACCUCAUGCCACACGUGAAGCAGAAGUUCAUGAAGGUCAAACGGACAGAUAAAGCUAGUGACUUACUGCAAAUGUUAAAGGAGCUGGUUGCUGAGAAAGCUGGCACUGGAAUGCUAGUGUUUUGCAACAGUGCAGCAACAGUUAAUUGGCUUGGCUAUGUCCUGGACGACCAUGGUAUCAAACACUCCCGCUUGCAGGGGAAUAUGAAAGCUGAAAAGCGCAGUGGAAUAUUUUGCAUGUUCCAGCAGGGUUUGAUAGACCUCCUUGUUUGCACAGACAUUGCAUCUCGUGGAUUGGACACUCAGAGGGUGGAAGUUGUAAUCAAUUAUGACUUUCCCCCAACACUGUGCGAUUAUAUCCACCGUGCUGGGCGGGUGGGGCGUGUUGGCAGCAAGGUUUUGGGGACCGUCGUUAGUUUUGUGACACACCCCUGGGAGGUUGAACUCGUCCAGAAAAUUGAGACUGCAGCUCGGCAAAAAGUGAUACUCCCUGGUCUGGAAUCUGAAAUCAACCACCCUGUGAAGAAAAUUGCACCAGAAUUAUCAAAAGACCACCAGAAUUAUCAAAAGACUAGAACUGAACUCUCUUCAGAGUGACUUGUGUUCGAAUAAUGGCUGUGUCAGUUAGUUCUGUAAUCUAAAGUUAUUGAAGUAAAAUGUUUAACUUGCUGCUUAGGUUAACUUUCAUGAUUUUUGAAACUGAGAGACGACGAAUAAUACAGUGAACUAAAGCAGGGUGUCCUAAUGUGUCUCAGUGGUAGCACUUGCAUCCCUGAGUAUGAUUCCCGAGACUUCACAAAAUCUAGGCGCUGAUUUGCUGAGGGAGUGCUGCACAGUCUUUCAGGUAGGAUGGCAAACCGAGGCCCUGACUACCUCAGUAUAUGGAUCUAUUUCGAAGAAGACCUCUUUACCAAUAUUUAUCUCUCAGCCAAUUUCACUAAAGUGCCUUUCCCGGUAAUUAUCACAUUGCUGUUAGUGGGAGCUUGCUCUGUACAAAUUGGCUGUAAAGCACUUUGGAAUGUCCUGAGCUAGUGACACGUGCUAUGCAAGUACAAGUCUUAAAAUGUUUUGAUUCGUCGGAUGGGUCAGUGUGUUGCAACUAGUGAGGGAGAACAGCGUACAAGUACAUCUCGUAGAAUCAGAAUUAGAAUACAUCGGCAACUCCCAAUAAAAGUAUGUACUUCACUCCAUCCUUCACUCGUGCCCGCUUCCCUUUCACAUCACUCUUUUUGUUGACUUCUCUGCCCUUCUUCCUUUUCCCUUUUACUGUCCUUUUACCUAUUCUGUUUUCACCCUUCUCCCAUAAGCGGGAAGGGCUGGUGGCAUUGACACUUGAAUGGCUGUUGUGCCCGGUUCUGAUUCUGUCAAAAUACCCUUUGUUUUAAGUAGUGACGUCGUUCUAAGAUUCUGAAUUGUAUUUUAGUUGUUUGGGCUUGGCUGCCCUUACACUGUAGCAAGAGCAGCAUCCUUUUGAUCCGUCCUGCAACCUUUCUCUGUGUGCAUGGAAAUACCACAAGCCCACUGUUCUGCUGGUGUCUCUUGCCUGUAAUUGACCAUUCAUCAUAAAGACUUUUUGAUAGGUACGUUAGUUUCUGUUGAGACAAAACAAAAAUUGCCAGCCCCUGUUUAUA